AUGGACAAGGUUGAAAGCACGUCCAAGUCGGACACCUGGGUGCACCAGGAGAUGCAGCUCAGGCCAGAGGAUGGGUUGGAGCAGCAAGUGUCCGACGACAGCAGCCAGGACCGUACGCCCAAGUUCUCCGACGUCCGCUUCAUCAUGGUCCUCGCCGGCUUCGGCAUGGCCUUUGUCGGCUCCCAGGCGCACCCUCUUCUCUUCGCCGCCAUCCUCCCCCUCGUCGCCGCCGACCUGCACGCCCCCGCCCAGCUGAUCUGGUUCCUCGUCGCGCAGGUCAUCGCCAUCGGCGUCGCGGCGCCCUUUGCCGGCCCCCUCGCCGACCUCUUCGACCGCAAGCACAUCACCCUCUUUGCCGUCCUCCUCGGCAUGGUCGGCGCCGUCCUCCUCGCCGCCACGCCCAACGCCGCCGGCUUCAUUGCCGGCCAGGCCCUGUCCGGCAUCGGCAUCGCCGUCCAGGAGCUCAUGGCCAUUGCCGCCGUCGCGGAGAUCGUGCCGACGAGUCAGCGCGGCUACUACGUCGCGCUGGUCGUCUCCUUCUUCGUGCCCUUCGCGCCGGCCUCGCUGUACGGCGCGCUGAUCGCGCAGGCGAGUAGUUGGCGGUACUGCGCGUGCGCGGUGGCGGUGUGGAACGCGGCCACGGCGGCGAUUCUCUUCUUCUGCUACAGCCGGCCGCCGCGGGUGCAGCUCGACGGGAAGCGGCUCACGGCGGCGGAGAAGCUAAGGCGGGUUGACUGGCUCGGGGGGGUGAUCCUGACGGCGGGGUUGCUGGUGCUGCUGGUCGGGAUCAACUCGGGCCAGCAGUAUGCCUGGAACUCGGCCCGGAUCAUCGCCCUGCUGACGAUCGGCAUCGCCCUGCUGCUCGCCUACGUCGGGUACGAGUACGUGCUGGCGCCGCAUCCCAUGUUCCCGGGCCGGCUGCUGCGCCACCCCCGGGCGUUUGUCGCCCUCAUGGUGGUCAUCCUCAUGGCCGGCAUCAACUACAUCCCGCUGCUGUUCUUCUGGGUGCUGGAGUGCGUCGCCGUGUACGACUCGGACAUUCGGCAGACGGGUAUCCGGACCAUGCCCUUUGGGUGGUGCAUCCUCGGAGGCGCAAUCAUCUCCGCCCUACUCGUCUCCAUGUUCCGUUCCCGCGUCCAGCUCAUCAUGACAGGUUUCUGCAUCGUUCAGGUAGUCGCCAUCGCGUGCAUGGCGGUGAUCGACCCGCACAACCUCGCCACGGCUUGGGCGCCUCUUUCCCUCGGUCUCACGGCCGUGGGCGGCGUCUUGAUCCCCAACCAGCUCAUCGCGACCAUCAUCACGCCCCAGGACCUCAUCGGAACGGCAACCUGCCUCACGGUCUGCAUCCGCGCCGUCGGACAGGUCAUCGGCGUCAGCAUCUUCUACCAGCAGUUUGUCCAGCAGCUGACCAAGCGAACAAUGCAAUACGUCGUGCCCGCGGCGGUCCAGGUCGGCGUGUAUGACCUCGACACCCUGACCAACAUGAUGCCUACCCUCGUUUCGAUACCGUUCUCGGAGUACAUCAAGUCGCUGCCUCAGGUAAACACGACAGAGAAGAUCACGAUGCUACACGAUGCAACGCUUGUGGCCUUUUCCGGGGCUUUUAGCAGGGUUUACUACGUGUCGAUUGCGUUUGGGGCCAUUGCUGUGAUUGCCAGCUGCUUCAUUGGCGAUUUGUCUGCGCUGAUUGGAAACCAGGUUGCUGUAUCCUACUUUUGA